AUGAUUGGGCAUAUCUUCAAAUCUGAUGGCUUCAUGGGCUUCUAUCGAGGGCUCUCCGCCUCCCUCCUCCGCCAGAUCACCUACAGCACGACGCGCUUCGGCGUGUACGAGGAGCUAAAAGAGGUGUUUAGACAUGGCACCGCUCAGCCCUCCUUCCCGGCACUCAUAGCCAUGUCCUCGACCUCUGGCUUUCUGGGAGGAAUCGUGGGCAACCCGGCAGACAUUCUAAACGUCCGCAUGCAGAACGAUGCAGCGCUACCCGCUGCAGAGCGCCGCAACUACAAGCACGCGAUCGAUGGUCUCUUUCGAAUGGUCAGGGAAGAAGGAUUUGGCAGCCUGUUCCGUGGAGUUUGGCCGAACAGCACCCGUGCUGUGCUCAUGACCGCCUCUCAACUGGCCUCCUACGACGUUUUCAAGAAGGAGUUGCUCGAACGGGCGAAGAUGAAGGACAACCUCGCCACGCACUUUACGGCCUCGUUCAUGGCAGGCUUCGUAGCCACCACGAUCUGCAGUCCGGUGGAUGUGAUCAAAACGAGAGUUAUGAGCGCGAAGACUCAGGAGGGUAUACUGCCCCUGGUGAAGAGAAUCACAGCUCAAGAAGGCUGGAUGUGGAUGUUCAAGGGCUGGGUGCCUAGCUUUUCGAGAUUAGGACCACACACAAUUGCGACGUUCAUGUUCUUGGAACAGCAUAAAAAGGUCUAUCGGAGAGUGCAUGGGUAUGACGAGGUAUAA